CCUCGCUUCCGCCCUCUCUCGAGUCGAGGUGCCGGCUGCCUUUGCGGGGGGUGCUGAUCUGGAGCAGCGGAGGCAUCGCUCCACACGCCGAAUAGCAGAGACUCGAAUUCGCACCGCCUUCGUCUCUCGCCUAUCUUACCCCGCGCCUCUUGCGUCUCUCCUCCUCCUCCCUCCUCCUCCUGCCCUUCUGCCUGUCCCCCCGGGCCCGCCUUUGUCUCUCCCUCUCUCUCUCACACACACACGUUGUCUGUCCGUGCCACCGUUGCGUCACCGGGCCGGAGCUAAUUGAUUGUCUCCCGUGCAACAGCUGCGCCGCGCCGCGUGCCGUGAGCCCCGGUGAGUGUCACGUGAGAACGGACUCGCAGACAGCUGCAGGUGCGGCUGAGCCCACUGAGGGAGGCAUCGGCAGAAGAAACAGCAGCAGGUCAUCUCUCAAGGUCAAAGGGGUGCCUCCCCAGCCAUGUCGGACAGCGACUACGACUUCCUCAUCAAGCUGCUGGCGCUCGGAGACUCGGGCGUGGGCAAGACGAGCCUCCUCUACAACUACACGGACGGCAAGUUCAACAGCAAGUUCGUCACCACCGUGGGCAUCGACUUCCGGGAGAAGCGCGUCGUCUACCGCUCCGAAAACGCUGAUGGCAUCACCGGCCGGGGACAGAGGGUUCACCUGCAGCUGUGGGACACGGCGGGGCAAGAGAGGUUCCGGAGCCUGACGACUGCGUUCUUUCGCGACGCCAUGGGCUUCCUACUCAUGUUCGACCUGACGAGUGAGCAGAGCUUCCUCAACGUGCGCAACUGGAUGACCCAGCUUCAGAUGCACGCGUACUGCGAUAAGCCGGACAUCGUACUGUGCGGCAACAAGUCGGACCUGGAGGAUCGCCGCGUGGUUUCGCACAAGCAGGCGGAGGACUUUGCCCGCACGCACGAAAUGCCGUACUUCGAGACGAGCGCGGCGACGGGCACUAACGUGUCGAAGGCGGUGGAUGCGCUGCUCGACCUCAUCAUGAAGCGCAUGGAGCGCUCCGUCGACAAGUCCUGGAUCCCGCCCGGCACCACCGGCUCGGGCGCCAACGGCGGGAGCGGCGGCAAGGUCGCGGUGGUCAAAGACGCCGGCAAGAGCAAGUGCGCCUGCUGAUGGCGGCGGCCGCCCCCCGCCCCUCCACCCCCCUCCCCCCCACCCCCAGCGGUGGCGGGGGAGUCGCGGUGAAUCCAGCCGCACCGGCACCGCGGUGUUAAUUCACGGAAGAGGGGGGUUUGCCGGGGCGGUGGUGGUGGCGGCACACUCCGCUCCCUCUCUCCCCCACCCCCCCCGCCCCCCUCGCCCCCCCCGCCCCCCUCGCCCACCGCCGCGGUUUAACCGACACUCACCGUCUCUCGAGGGUGAGAUAGCGCCGCGACCGCCGCCAUGGCAGGCGCUGCAGCAGCGGAGCGCGGAGGGGGGGGUGUCGGCGUAGCAGCAUCGGCGUCGUUUAACGACGCGGCCUCUCGUCUCGUGGGUGCGUGACCGCCCCCCCCUAAUCCGCGUGCGUCCUCCACACCAAACCGGAAGUUUCGUCAAAAGAGACCUCCGAGUGACCACUUGCGGCGCGACGUCGCCGCUGCGUUGCGACCGCGCCGCCAUCUCCCCCCGCGGCGUCGCUGACCUUUGUGACCUCCUGCACGGGUAGCCAAUGCCGGGUGAAGUUCUCUUUGUCUCGUUAGCGAAGCCUCCGCCGGCACGACGGGGAGCGCAGUGGAGCGCGAGGUGAAAGCCGCUUGUUUUUUUUGCAUUCUGCGUCGCGUCUCUCUGUGCAGUCACUCUCUAAAGUAUUACCGUCAUUGACGAAAGGAAAUUUCGGGAGGGCACGACGAGGGGCGUGCUCGAGACGCGUGCCGUUUGACUCGGAUUGCUACUUGAGGAGGAGGUGGUGGUGGGGGUAGCGAGUUGCCGUCGGAGAGAAUCUGCCAAAAAGUAAAUUAAUCUACCGAUGUGCCUUCAGCGCGGUGUGGUGUGUGGGGGGGUGUUGUUGGGGGGAGGGGUGUGGGGUUGGUAAGGUGGGUGGGGGGUGGCGGUGUGUGUGGUCUUCGCUUGGAGAAACUGGUCCGAGGGUGACGGGGGGGGGGUGAGUUUGUGUACAAAAAAAAAACAGCAAUGAAGGCCUAGGGGGUACUCGGCGGAGCCUUUCUUUUCCCCCUGAAUAUUCCCGCUGGGUACGAUCGCACGGUGGGUCCAUUCUGCGGAUUUUGGGUCAGCGGCUCUGGGACGAAGACGCGGGGAGAAGCUGCCCGGCGUUGCAGGAGGAGGCUUGGGGACACUACAGAGGAGAAAAAAAAGCAUCGCACAUCGUCCUGCACUGCUCUAAAUCAAUGUUUCUUCUCGUGGGCCGUGACCCCACCGAGCCAGGCCACGUUCAUGCAGCGGGAGGAUUUACAGUUGCUAAUCGGGGCGUCGUUUCUCGCUGAAUAUUUUCCGCGUCGCUCGUAGAGGCUGGAAUUAGGAACACACGUGACCAAUGGUAGCCACCAUGGUCGCGGCCGCCCGCCGACUGUGCUGCGGCCGACUUGCGGAUAAAAUUAUUGUCCAGGUCGGCAGUGACCUGGACAGAUCCGACUGAAAAUUGACCCCGAUUUUAACGCAGCUGGAGAUUGACAAUUUUGUGCCCUGGUUUAGCUUCCCCUAUUUGCUGUCCGUUCUAUAAUAUAACCGUCGCAGAAAACAGAACGUUUACGCUGUUGCAGAUCGGAAAACCCUCUUAACCCCCCCCCCAGCCCUCUGUCCCUUCCACGAUUCCAAAAUUCCGCCUCUACCCCCCGAGGCCUUCUGCUCCUUCUGAGUCUGAGUCACUGGCGAGAGCGCCGCCUUGGCCGGCCGCGAGAGGUGAACUUGCGGUGUGGGAGAAGAUACCCAUGGAGUAUCGAUACAGUUUGUAUUCGUAUAUAUACGUGUGUGUGUGUGUAAACGUGUAAAUUACAGCUGCGUCUCUCCCGACGCCGCGUUUGAGUCGUCCCCAAAGCCUCCCGGUGGUGAGUUGAGAAAUUACUGCGACGCGCGAGGAGGUGGAGGCCUUCAUCGGCCGUCGAUCUCCGCGCAGGCCGCCACCGCCGCUGCUCUUGCUUGAGGAGUGCACAUUUGUAGAUGUUGUGUGCGGCGGCGGCGGUAACAAGAGGGGCUGCACGAGAUGACUCCUUUCAAGAUGUUGUGUCUGCGCGCGGUUGUUCCCAGCAGGACUCGCCGAAAUAUUUCCCGUGUCACCAGGCAGAACGAGAGACUAGGUGUCCUGCACCUGAUGCAAUGCUGGGCGCCCAAAUAUUUUCUGCCGGUCCCAGACAGAACCGGCUGAAAUUUAAGCCACCCCCCCCUCGAUUUUCUCGAUCGUCAAAGUGAGUCCAGGCUUUUGAAGUCGACUCGUAGACGUCGUGGAAUCAAGACCACACCUUUGUCACAUUUCCUGGCGGUUUGCGUAUUUCUCACUUAACGUUUCCGUAUUCGGCUGCCGCUGCAAAUGUUGGUGAUGCCUUGCGAGCUGCGACCGUCGCCAACGAGAGGUUCCCAACGCAGGCCCCCCCACCACCCGGCCAUCAAAGGUGGAGUCGAGGAGGGAUCCACAUCCCGGACGCUCGCGCUCCGCUUGCCGCCGCUUAGCGGCAUCCUCACGGCGAAGGUCGUGAACCUCUCUCGGGCGGCAUCCCCAGAUUGCACGCGCACGUGUUUUCCUUACAACGCGGCGCUCGUGUGUGUUUUAAAAAAGAACCGGCCUCUGAUUACGGGGGUAGCUGAUUUGUGGCUACGACAAAGUCAACCCACGGUGGCGCCCAGCGGGUUUAUCGACUCUCUGUUGACAGCGACGUUUUCGCCCUAACCCCCGCCUCCCCCCCCCCCCCACACAUCUCCAAGCCGUGCCAAAUAUUUGUACGUGACCAAGAGUAGUUGCGCCACACCGAGAGUGGCGCAAACGGGCGUCGGGGAAACCCGACGGCCGUGAGACAUUCCACAGGGAGCGCCGCAGCCCGAAUUAUUUGUUUACCUUUGUGCACACAAACUGCGCACAUACACACACACACGUGCGUGCCCACACGCGCACACGUGUCCCAGGUAUCCAGGACACAGAUCCGCUUUGGCGAGCCCCAGGCAGGUCCGCGCGGCUGAUGUUUGCUGGUGGAAUAUGGUGGUGGUGGUGUUUGCGGCGUUGGUUGAUUAGCCGCGGUGAAGCGUGCCUGCUUCGCGACGCACACAAGUUCCCACUGUGUGUGCGUCUGUGUGUGCGGACAGACGGACGUUGACGCGCGGGGAGAGAGUGGAGCCGCUCUGGCAAAUCGACUCGAUGUGCUUUGUUGAAACCUUCACAGUUUGCCAGUCACCUUGUAAAGUGUUUAAAUACGGGCGUUUGGGUGGUAUGUGUGUGUGUUCAUAUUCAUGUCCGUGCCUGGUUGUUAUUAAAUGCAGAUCUG